AUGGCAGUCCGAUCACAAUUUGCUCUUGCAGCUCGCGGAGCUCGAAUCUCAUCAGCAUCAUCUUCAUGCUCUAAAAUAAGACCAUUACGAUCAUUAGUUCAAACUCGAUGGCAAAGCACCGCGAGUACAGAAGGCAGUGAAGGAAUAGCCAAAGGAACGACUAGCACAUCGAAGACCAUAAAGUUUACUUCCGAAACAUAUCCUGAUAUAAAACGAGACUCGAGAUUCGCACAGAUAUCCGAAGAGAAUGUGAAUUUUUUCAAGAAUUUACUAGGGAAGGAAUCUGCAAUUAUUGAUGGAGUUACAAAGGAUGCUACAGAUGAUAUCGAACCUUUCAAUGGAGAUUGGAUGCGCAAAUAUAGAGGUCAUACAAGUUUGGUAUUGAAGCCUGGAUCUACGGAGGAAGUGAGCAAGAUUUUGAAAUAUUGCAAUGAUAAUAUGUUAGCAGUUGUGCCGCAAGGCGGAAACACUGGACUUGUAGGAGGAUCGGUUCCAGUAUUCGACGAGAUUGUUAUCAAUAUGAGCCGAAUGAAUCAAAUUCGAUCAUUUGAUGAGGUUUCAGGUACGCUUGUAGUGGAUGCUGGUGUCGUUCUGGAAACUGCGGACAACUAUUUGGCAGAGCGCAAACAUAUAUUUCCGUUAGAUCUAGGCGCAAAAGGAUCAUGUCAUAUUGGAGGUAAUGUUGCGACAAAUGCUGGAGGUUUAAGGCUGUUACGAUAUGGAAGUUUACAUGGAAAUGUUCUCGGUAUCGAAGCAGUCCUACCAGAUGGAACAAUCGUUGAUGACCUAUCAAAAUUACGGAAAAACAAUACUGGUUAUGAUUUGAAACAGUUGUUCAUCGGAGCUGAAGGAACAAUCGGUAUCAUUACUGGAAUUUCAAUCAUCUGCCCUCAACGAUCAAAUGCAAUCAAUGUCGCAUUUUUUGGUCUCGAAUCCUUCGAAAAGGUCCAAGAAGCUUUUAAAGAGGCGAAAGGCCAUCUUUCCGAGAUCCUCUCUGCCUUUGAACUUAUGGACAGCCACAGCCAAGAUUUAGUUCACAGAGUAACAAAAAAUAAAAGGCCAUUGGAAGGUGAGUAUCCUUUCUACUGUCUUAUCGAAACCAGCGGUUCCAACUCCGAUCACGAUCAAGAGAAACUCAGUAAUUUCCUCGAACAUGUCAUGGAAAAAGAAAUCGUCUCUGAUGGUACCUUGGCCGACAACGCCACACAAAUCAAAGAUCUUUGGAGCUGGAGAGAAGGUAUCCCCGAGUGUCUGGGCCACUGGGGUGGUGUAUACAAAUACGAUCUUUCUAUUCCUCUUAAGGAACUUUACCAACUCGUAGAAGACGUACGAGAAAAGAUCACAGAAGCUGGUCUCAUCGGUGAUACUGAAGAUCACCCCGUCGUCGGCGUGGUAGGUUAUGGUCACAUGGGGGAUUCGAAUCUACAUCUCAAUGUAGCCACUCGAAGCUAUGAUAAGAGAGUCGAGCAAGUAUUAGAACCUUUCGUAUAUGAAUGGGUCGCGAAGAGAAAUGGAAGUAUUAGUGCAGAGCAUGGGCUUGGGUUGGCAAAGAAGAAUUAUAUUGGGUAUAGUAGGAGUGAGACGAUGAUUGGUUUGAUGAAACAGAUUAAGAAUCUUUAUGAUCCAAAUGGGAUCAUGAAUCCAUAUAAAUAUAUUUGA